GGCAUAUGGCCCUGAAUGAGCAAGGCAUCCCAGAGAGACAACUCUGGCUCCUCUGGGAAAGGAAACGAGGAAGGGAGGGAAGUCACACUUUUGACGCUGCCCUGGAGUUUUUGUCCUGAGGAUUUGUGGGAGUUAGUUUACAGCCCUUUUCUGAUUCUCUAGCAACUCGGUUUCCAUCCCUCUACAGAUUAUUUCCCUCGUCUCUUCGAGAUUAUUUCCUCGGUCUCUUCAGCUCUUGCCCUUCCCACUUCUAAAUGCAGCCUUAGUUUGUCAACCAUGUUGAGGUUGAACUUGGUGAUAACUGCUCUAGAAGUCCUGGCCCAAUUUUUUUUUAAAAAAAAAUUUCUCUAAUUAUGUGUGUGUGGGUAUGUGCAUGUGAUGUCUGUAGAGGCCAGAAGUGUGGGAUCCCCCAAGCUAGUUCCAGUAAGCUGUGAACCCCGGGACCUGGGUGUUCGGGUCCUGUACUAGUUCUUAACCACUGAGCCAUCUCCCCAGCCCCUGCCUCCUGAAGAACGGUAUAAAGCUUCUCUCGGAUAAGCUGGGCCAUACCUUUUUGGAGGUAAUAGUGUUAUAGAACUUGAGGUUGUGGGGGGCCCUAGUUCCUCUGGAUCACCCGCUCCUCAAGGCUGCAUAGCUGGUGUGGAGGUGACAAAAACUGAAAGAGCCCCAGGUCUUUGGAAUAUCUCAUGGGGACAACUACUCCUGUAAAUAGGGAUGAGACUACGUCUUUCGGUUCUCAUUUUUUAAUUCACCAGGUUUGGGUCACUAUGUUUUGGCUUUUUCUUUUCGUUUAUGUUUGGGCAGGGAGGAAUCUCGUACCUGAACAAGCUAGAAAUGUCUACAGAGUGAGCAGCCAGGGGAAUCCAGUACUUCUGGAAAGCUGCUCAAAACACUGGGUCACGCUCUUGGGUCAGCAAACCAAGUGUGUGAUUUGGAGUUUAGCUGCUAUCAGUUGCUACGGAUGUAAUUUUCACCGGCUGCUUGAGAUACCCUUGUAGAUACAAAAGUAGAAAUGAAGGUGGGUUGGGAGCUCGGUUAGGUCAAUGGAGGUUUCCGGGAGCCGCCCUUUGGGGCCCGAAGCGCUUCCCCCCCAGUCUGCAGAGGGCGCUGUAGGCGCCUCCGCCACACGGCCCCGAAGCCUCCCCAGGGAGGAGCCUCUCCUGUAGCCGCCGCCGCCUCCGCGAUCGAAAACCCGGAAGAAGCCUCUGAUUGCUGGACUGUACCGGCCGGCUUGGCAUUGCCAUGCAGCUCGAGGAGGUAGGUCUGGUUCCCGCUCCAGCGAGGGAGCCGAGACUGACCCGCUGGCUGCGGAGAGGCAGUGGGAUCUUGGCGCACCUGAUAGCUUUGGGCUUCACCAUCUUUCUGACUGUGCUGUCCCGGCCAGGAACCAGUCUUUUCUCCUGGCACCCUGUGUUCAUGGCCUUGGCGUUCUGUCUCUGCAUGGCUGAAGCUAUCCUUCUCCUUUCACCUGAGCACUCCCCGUUCUUCUUCUGCUCUCGAAAGACCCGGAUUCGACUCCACUGGGCAGGGCAGACCAUGGCCAUCCUCUGCGCUAUCCUGGGUUUGGGCUUUAUCAUCUCCAGCAAGAUCCGCAGCGAGCUGUCCCAUAUGGUGUCCUGGCACAGCUGGAUAGGAGUUCUGACACUCGUGGCCACUGCGGGACAGGCACUGUGUGGGCUCGGCCUCCUCUGUCCGCGGGCAGCCCGGGUCUCAAGGGUGGCUCGUCUCAAGCUCUACCAUCUGACAUGCGGCCUGGUCGUCUACCUGAUGGCUACAGUAACAGUGCUCUUGGGCAUGUACUCAGUGUGGUUCCAGGCCCAGAUUAAAGGUGCAGCCUGGUACCUGUGCCUGGCACUACCGGUAUACCCGGCCCUGGUGAUCAUGCACCAGAUCUCCAGCUCCUACUUGCCAAGGAAGAAAGUGGAAAUGUGAAUGCCUCCAAACUCUGAGCCUAGGCGGGAUUCUUGGACUUCAGCAGUUCCUUGGCACACCUCAGAGGCAGACGAUGUUUUGCACUGUGUGGUUGAGCCAUAGGGUGCAGAAACCCUAGCUGCUACUGCUGAGGGAUGAUCUGGUGGGCUCCAAAGGGGGAAAUGUACUACUAGGUGCAAGUGGAAGGUUCUGGAGAACCUGAAGCCUCACCUUGAUGGGACACAAAAGUAUUAGGUGGUGGUGCUGAUGGUGACGGUGGUGACUAUUUGCUGUGUGCCUGAUGAAGAGUUGAGUUCCUGUUGGUUAUGAAUGACAGCCACAGGCAGAUAUCGGGGUCCCUUUGAAAAGGCGGUACUGUGGAGAGCCCGUGGUCUCUUUGGCUGUGCUAUACAGUCACCCUUAGACAAGCUCCGUAUCUCAGGACCUCAGUUUCCGCAUCCUUUAACAUUCAGUGUCCGGCAGAUUGAUGUCACUGAAUACCCCCUUAGCUCUGGACCAUGUGAACAGCUCAGGAUGUAAUUCUUUCCUCCAUUCUUCCUUCCCUCCCCUGGAAGGACAUCUCUAUGCCUGUACCCUUCAGAAGUCUGUGCUGGCUCCACUCCUGAACCAAGGAACAAGGGCCACGAAUUAUGGAAAGAAGGGACUGAGGUGAGGGGCCCCUAGAUAAUAAGAUAGUAAAGGCACUAAAGUCACUUUAAAAUUCUUUGGAGGAACCAAGCCCUGGACUCUUGGCCUCCUUAGCUCAGCUAAGAACUUCCUUCAGGCUACCUCUGGGUCUAGAUUGUAGAGUCUGGGCAUUCUCUGAACAUCCAUUCUCAGGGCAUCUGACACUUUGCCCAUAAGACUUAGAGUAUUUACUUAGCACAUUGCGCAGGGAACUAUUCUUAGGCUUUCGGAACAAAAUAAAAAUCAGGGAGUGGGACCCUCUUGAUUCAAGGAACACAGUGUCUCCCUGGUUGUCCUUCCCUUCUUGUCAUUGCCAGCCCCUUGGCUUAAGAGUGGGAUGAUUUUGGUACCAACUGGGCUCUCUUCCCUGCCAAGAUACCUCCUUGGUCCAGCUGAGUUCCUCAGAGCAUCCUUAGCAGUGAGGGCUGGAUGUCAAACCGCUUAGCUGUGGUGUGGGUCAGUCCAGAAGACAAACCCUUUAUAGAUCCUAAUAAGGAGUAGAUUGCUGAGCCAGGAAAUGUCCUCGCCCAGCUUUCUCCCUGGGAGGCAGAGCCCAUCAGAAACUAUGGGAGGCCUGCAGUAUAGGGGCUUGAGCACAGACAAAGGAGACGUAUCUGUUCUAUGUCUCGGAUCCUCUGAAGAUUUAAGGCCUCUUCUCCAGGUAGCUCAGAAAUUAGGCGGGUGGGAUUCAAUAGUAUGGGGAUGGAGACCAUAGGGCUGAAGUGGCCUCUUAGUGGCCCUCACUGUGCUUUUCCUCAGGGAGAUAGCAUCUCUCAUAAGCUGUCUAAAUACAGCUUACUGAACAGAGGCUCCUGCAGCGCAGAAGGAAACCAUUCUUGUCUUUUUCAACGCCCGCUCUCCCUCUCAAGCUAUCCAGUGUGCUGUGAGCUUGGAAGGAAUGGUUACUGGGCCACAUGAAAGAGGGUAGGGCUCUGUCUCCUUCCCAUAUCAAGGCUCGUGCUGGGGGCUCCCCAGGGUGGGCCAGGUAAGAUUCAGCAGCUCGUUCUCAGAGAGAGGCGAUGCCGGAAAGCCUGAGCCUGCCUGAGGUGUUGCCUCCUCCCAGGUGGUGCGGGGGCUGGUGGGCGGGCGGGCAGGCGUGCUGACAGCCGGCAGUUUGCGUGGGCUGUGCCAUCUGAUGUCUAUUCCCAGCCCCAGGAGGAAGGGGAGUCAUUUAUAUUCUGCAGGAAGAAGGGACCCAGCUGUCGCUUCCUCUGACCAGUGGGCCUGGAGGGCAUCGGUGCAGAGCAGAGAGGAGGGCACAGGUAGCAGUGGCCUCCUGCUUAGGGAUCUGACCGCAGUAUAGGGAGCAGGUCACCAGGAUGAGCCCUUCUUGCUGGUAGGCCAGAUUUGGGUGGGGGGCGGGAAUUCCCUCCCCUCCUAUCUUCCCACUUCUCCAUCACCACCUGCCCUCACAUCCUGGGGCAGCAGCUGGAUAACCAUUAGACCUCAGUGCCAGGGGCCAGGGUACUCUUCCUCCAGCUGGGAUCUGUGGCUCCGGCUGCAUAUGCCUGCUGGCUGUGUGCUCCCUCUUCCCACUGACUGCCCCUUCCUCUUUGUAUCUUCCAGUGUCUGGAUACUACCUGGGCUUCUUGGCAGAGACCAUGGGGGGGGGGGGUGGAGGACACAUGACUGUCCUUUUCCAGUGUUCCUUGACUAGGGGAAGCUGCUAGCAGUCGGCCUGUUUUGGUUUUGAAAGUGGGGUGGGGGGAUGAUACUCAGGAUGCUCAAGAUUUAAAAGUCACCCAUCAUUUGUACAAAUUUCCAUAUCAUGCUAAGUCCUGAUUCCAUAUUUGAUUGUGUUCCAAGCUUGAUUAUACUCAGAUUCAACCUUGAGGGCAUUAGAAAGAUAGUUUUGUAUUAAAUCCAAAUGGUAACAGGCAUACUGUUCAGGUUUGGAGCCUUCUCAGAAGCCCCUUUGUUCCUGUAUCCUCCUUUGGAGUCCCAUUGGGGCUGGGGGCGGCAGUGAAUGAAUGACAGGAGUUCAGCCUCCGAGAACUCCUGCUUCCUUCUCUGGCUGGCAUCCCCAUGCAAGCCAGGCUGCUAUCACUCGCCAGCCUGUGCUUGCUCUCCCCCUCCCAAGGCAGGCCACCUUUCCUCCGUGACAUUGGCCUGCCCUGUCUCAUUGUCCCCACCUUUCCACCCCCAUGCGUGGCUGCCAUGGGUCUUGUUUUUCAAACCUCACUGUGGGAGAUCCAGGCAUUCCCCCUGAGCCAGCUGGCUGCUGUGCCAAGGCCUGUUCAGAGUUAAUAAUAAUCAUUAGUUGAAUGGUGCUGGGGCCUUUCAGCUCCAGAUCUCUAAGCACUUGCAGGCUGAGUCAGCCAGCCUUCACCUUUCCCCCUCUUCCUGGGUUUUGGAGUGUAACAGCAUGGGAAGGCGCUGUGGGAGAGGGAAUUGGGAUUCUUGCUGCCUGACCAUGCCUGAGGAUUUUCUCUGAGAGUAAGCAGUGAGCCAGGGCACACAGAGAAGGCAGAAUGCUCAUCUGAGACUACCAUGGCUGUGGAAGCUGAUGACCCCAGACCUCUAGAACUUUGGUGUACUUACCUUGACCUCUGUGGGACACUCCACCUGAAUACCCUUAAGCAAGUUCAGAGCACAAGGAAGUCUCUGGGUUAGUACCCACCCCCAAGACCCUUGUCUGUGACUGGCACAGAGAACCUGUGUGUCGUGAAUGGAAAGGUGUGCCAGCCCGGAUACUGGCAAGGUUGCUGUGUGAGUGUCUCAGCUCCUGACACUGGGUGGCACAGGCAGACUGUUUGCUUCUCAUCCUACCUCACAGGGAUGUUGUGAGGGCUAGACAAGGG